AUGGCUUAUCGUCGGUAUUUCAGAAGGUUCAAAUCUACAGUAUGUUUGGGCCGUUGGAUGAAGCGAACUUGUCGUUCUUUCGCAAGAGGAGUGCUGCUUAUUCUUUUCUGUUGUGGUACUUACACCUGGUUUUUAACUUUUACUUCAAAUGUCGCUCAGAAACGGUUUACUGCUGAGUUGAAGGAAAGUGUACGUACUUCUCAACUCGGUCGUCAAGAAACAGCCAUAGCAACUACAAAUAGAUUCCCAUAUAUCAACAGCCACUUUAUACCUAGAGAUAGUAAUAGUUCAGAUGCAAUUAAGUCCCACCGGCAACGCAGGAACAAGAAGGAGUUGACCAGAAGAACUCACGUGGACCGAUGGAAGCGUGCAAACCUAAUUACAGCACGCUAUCAACUUUUAGUAUACAGUGCUUACUGGGACGAACGGAAUCUGAAGGCACCAUGUGUCAGAGUCAUUGGGGCAACGCUUACUAAAGGUGGUCCAAAAGUAUUCUGUAAACUUCAUUAUCCAGAAAAAGAACCUUUCAUCGUAACUGCUCAUAAGAAAGUUAUAAACGAACACUGGAACCUCAAGUACUCAGCGUGUUUCUUCUACUGCACUGUACCUAAAGGCACUUCAAAGCCGUCUAAUGUCUCCAUAUCCGAUAACACGUUGUUCAGACCUUCAGCUGUUCUAGUAGUUCACCACAACAAAGAAGACAAUACAUCAACUCGUGGAAAUAUCGCUUUAUGUGUAAAGCCCUUGCAUUAUUCGUACGAUAGAGUUACUUGGUUUAUCGAGUUCAUGGAAGUUUAUCAGAUUCUCGGAGUGGAGUAUUUCCUUUUCUACAACCAUUCUAUGGGCCAGGCUGUAGAGAAAGCUAUAAGAACCUAUCAACAGCUGGGAAUUGUUUCUGUUCUACCAUGGAACCUAGACAUUCCAUCUCAGAAAGAAAUAAGAACAGAAGGAUUGUUUGCCGCGUUAAAUGACUGUCUCUACAGAACAAUGUACCUGUUUCAGUAUGUUUUUAUGGUAGACUUUGACGAAUUCGUUAUUCCAAGUGAAAAUAUCGCUUAUCACAAGCUUUUUACAAAAAUAUUAGCGAAAAAAUGGGGAACGUUUCAACCGAGUAGUUUUGUGUUUCAGAAUUCGUUUUUCUACUUAUACUGGGAGAAUGAUACAACAGCUUACAAUGUGGAACCAGAAAAACUUCCGAAUAACAUCCCUUACCUUUUAACGCAAUACAAAACAAGAAGGUUAAAGAAUCUGAUGAAAUAUGGAAGGAGGUCAAAAUUUGCCGUCGUUCCAGAGAGAGCACUGGAGGUUGGAAACCACCUUGUGUGGAGAGUAGUUCCACACUCUGAAAACAUCAAGGUCCCACCUUCUUUCGCCUUUCUUCACCAUUACAGGAUAUGUGAAGAUGGAGGAUAUCAAUGUUUGAAAAAACCUUCAGUUAUUGACAGGACAGCUUUGUAUCUAAACAGCACCUUAUUGUCUCGUGUCCGGAAUAUGUGUCGCAGGAGCUUUGCAGAUUGA